AUGGCCGACUCGAACCCCCAAUCCCCCAACCCCAAAGAAGAGUCCUCCGACAACGAGUCCCCCAACAACCAACAACAACAACAGCCCGCCCCCGAACAGGACGCCACCCCAGACAACAACAACAACAACCGCCAGCGCGAACAAGAGCCCAACGACUCCGACACAGAAGACAUCCAACGUCCCGAAAUGGAGCCCGAGCAGCAGAAGCCCCAGCGCCGCCGCCGCGGCCAGCCCCGUACGCAGCGCCGUCCCCGACGAGACCAAGGACAGGAGGGAGGCCCACUAGGCGGCCUCGGCGGCGUCGACCAAGCCGGCGACCUGGUCCAGAACACAGCGGGGAAUGCAGUGAACGGGGUUACAGGGAGCGCGGGCAAGGCUGUUGGCGGGUUACUGGGCGGUAAUAAGGGCGAGGAAGAAGAGAGCGGCGGUGGCGGCAAGGGCAGCGACGAGCAGCUGCGACUACGGCUCGAUCUGAAUCUGGACAUUGAGGUCCAGCUCAAGGCCAAGAUCCACGGUGAUUUGACGCUCGGAUUAUUGAAUUAG